AUGAAUUUCAGCCAUGAAUGCUAUGUCCAAAAUACUGCCAGAUACUAUGCCAAGAUCUAUGCUGCCGAAGCACAGCCCCUGGAAGGCUUUGGAGAAGUGCCAGAGAUAAUCCCUAUUUUUCUUAUCCACCGACCGGAGAACAACAUCCCUUAUGCCACAGUGGAGGAGGAGCUGAUUGGAGAAUUUGUGAAGUAUUCCAUCCGGGACGGGAAGGAAAUAAACUUCUUGAGAAGAGAAUCGGAGGCUGGUCAGAAGUGUUGCACCUUCCAGCACUGGGUAUACCAGAGAACGAGCGGCUGCCUCCUGGUCACGGACAUGCAGGGUGUGGGAAUGAAGUUAACUGACGUUGGCAUAGCAACACUGGCAAAAGGGUACAAAGGAUUUAAAGGCAACUGUUCCAUGACCUUCAUCGAUCAGUUUAAAGCCCUACACCAGUGUAACAAGUAUUGUAAAAUGCUGGGCCUGACAUCACUUCAAAACAACAGCCAGAAACAGAAGAAGCCAGCCGUCACGAAAAGCAGAAUUCAGCCAAACUCCACAGCCGUAAAGAAGAUGGCUUCCGGGAGCCCAGCGGGAAAGAAAACCUCGCACCCCCUGUGAACGAACGGCCACCAGCUCGCGGCACAUAGUCUUGUGGGCACACGUCUGAAAACGCUCGAGAGAGAGCACCUAGCCUACAGAGCGCCGGUGGCGGUCCCACGUCCGACUGCCCGUGCCCCACGCUGCUCCCAAACUCAUCGCCUGCUGUCUUCGCUGAGAUGAUUUCGGAGCAGGAUUUGCGACCAGACGUGUGGAGAGGCGAAAUCAACGGUCACUCUCAAAGACAGCCCAGCUUUGUAUCCACCGGCUUCACGUUUUCUUUGUCUCUUUGUGUGGGUGCACAUGGUUGUGUUGUCAGGGACUUGGUGCCCUGUCCACAGCCCCCCCCCCCCCCCAUUCCUAACCUUGGGAUUUCUAGACGCUUCCAGCUGCUGUAUCAACAGAAAACGUGAAUUCCUUCAUGGGGUCGAGUUGUCACGCUAGAGUGGAACGUCCUGUUGUUGCCAGAGGUGACUUCCAACAGAAGGGCCGAUUCCCUCAUUAGUUGCACAUCCGGCUAUAAUUCUCUGUGUAAUUAAAUUCACACUUACCCAGAAAGUGGGAGAUGCAGAGAUUAGCACAGACCCUUGUUCUUUCGAAUUGGUGCCAUAUUUCACAUUCCCCCAGGAUUAGCAAUUUGGCCAUUUCCUAAUCAGUGUACCGGAGCACGAAGUAUCUGCAUCCGUGUUCUCUCCGCAUUCUUCCAUCACGGCCUCGGUUCGAUAGGGACCCUGCCCUAUAAACCCGGGGCUGACCCACGUCAGAUCACACCAGAAGGUGGUGUGGAGCCUGCUGGGACCCCCAGCUCCCCGGGGGGCCUGGCCCCUCCCCGCAUCCCACAGUCUCCUUUCCUGCCAGUUGGGGUCCUGCCCAGCUGUCGGGCAGAACGGCAGUGACCCACAUCAGGCAGGAAGAAAUGACAUAAAGACCGCUCAGGGAUGGUUUUAUGCACCCCAAACUGAGAGAGAAAAUGUCUGCCGCCCCACUGGUUUGUCGUGGUGGUUGUUAAAUUGAGAGACUAUUUUUUAGAGCAGCUUUGGGCUUCCGGAUAAAUGAGCAGCAAGUAUGGAGGGUUCCCAAACGCUCCCUCACCCCCUACUCCAUCGUUGACCCCUGUUACUAUCAUCAUGCGUCAGUGUGGACAUUCGUCGCACUUGAGGAGCAAAUGUUAUACAUCAUGAGUCAUUAAAGUCCACAGCGUACAUUAGGGUU